AUUUCACCUCUUUUUUUUCCAAAACAAAAAACAACAAAACGUAUCAGAUGACCUAAACACCCUUGUGGGUGCUUCUCACUUCUUCUCCCAAAAGCGAUUAUCUCUCGUGCGACCUUCCGCCGCCCCUUCCCCUUCGCACGAACAGAGUCAGACAUGGAUGCCACACUAAAUACCCUAUCCCAAUCUCAAUGGGAUUUUAGCUGUGACUUGGAAGUGGAUUUUGGUUCCGAAGAGAACGCUUCUAUUGUAUAUGCUACCUUAGCCGUCGAUAAGGAGUUGCAACCUGACAAAGUUAAGCGACUCAUGACGGUGUCUGAUGGAAAACUGUCGGUGCACUUUGAGGCAACAGAAGCCAGAUUUCUUCGUGCAUCAUAUAGUGCUUUUGUAGAUGUCCUUACUCUAGCAACCAAAACAAUUGAAGAAUUUGGUCAAAGAAUGAAGUUGUGACUUCUGCUUCUCUCUUAGUUUUUGGAUUAUUUAAGUUUACUAUAACUUCCAAUAUUACAAUGUACUAUUACUUUUCGUACGAUAAUUUAAGUGAAACAUUUUUUUAAUACACGAUGGAGGAUUUUUCAGUGUUCA